AUGGAUAACUCUCAUUACGCAUUGACUCCCGCUCAGCUGCAAAGCUUCCGGGACAACGGAUAUCUCCUUGUACGCGGCUUCUUCGCCGAGACAGAGGCCCAGACACUCCAGACAUGGUCUCAGGAGGUACAUAACCUGCCGCGAACAGCCGGUGUCCCUUGGAUGCCUUAUGAGGAAGUUAAUGCAAAGGGCGAGCGAGUUCUAUGUCGUACUGAGAACUUCGUCAACUCGCAUGCGGGAUUCGAUAGUUUCUUGCGGGGUGAACGGGCGACCAGCAUUCUUCAACAGUUGGCCGGCGAGGAAAUGCUUCUCUUCAAGGAGAAAAUCAACUAUAAGCUUGCUGGUAGUGGCGGCUUUGAUCCCCAUAUCGAUGCCAACGCUUACACCCACGUCAAGAACAUCAAACAUCUCACUAUUCUUGCCGCUGUAGAUGAGAUGACCUUGGAAAACGGAGGUCUAGAGGUUGUCGACGGCAGUCAUCGAAUGGAGAUUCCUUUGGGCGGUGAUCGCUGCAUCGAGCCCGAAUGGGUGAACAGCCACACCUGGACUUCUUGCGAUCUGCUACCCGGUGAUAUCCUGGUGUUUGGCUCAUAUCUGGCCCAUCGCAGCGGUGCCAAUACCAGCAGCAAGGAUCGCCGCGCCAUCUACGCAACAUAUAACUGUGCGGCGGAGGGUAACUUGCACGAUCAGUACUAUCUGGACCGUCAGAAGCUGUGGCCUGCGACGCAUAUGCGAGAGGAAGGUUUAUUAUACGAGGAAGGUCGUGCUCGCUAUGCGUUUGGAUCCCCUAUGUUGACAGUGGAUGGGAGUACGGUUUCUGCUGUUUAA